AUGUUCCGUUUUCACAAGACACUCGACAUCGUCACGGUCUUUCACAAGGCCAGCUCUCCCGCCUCCGUGAGAGUCGCCAACCUUCUCAAGCAGGUCUCUGCCAAUGCCACUGCUGGAGCCACCCUUGACCAAGCGAGCGAGGCAAAGCCCGCACGCGAGCAGUUUGAGCUCAAUGUCACUGAGGAUCCCCCCACCGACGACCAGGUCAAGACGAUCCUGGAGUAUGUCGGAACCAGCGGCAUCCCCAACAUCAUCAAGGGUGCAAACAAUGAGAAGGAUGCCCUAAAGAAGUUUAAGGAGAGUAAGGAGAACUUUAUCCGGCCAGUGGUCGUGGACUGGAACAAUGGCAAGGCCAUUGCUGGUGACAAUGAGUCCGAGAUCCUCAAGCUGUUGAACGCUAAGAAGUAA